CCAUUUCUUAGACCAAACACCCUCACAAAACUUUUACAAACACACUUUUCCACAUUGCAAUCAUUGAAAUAUAUACACUCGCUACGUGCUUUCCAUUCACUUUUCUUCGAUUUGCUGCAUUAUGGCGCCUGCAGUACCUUUGUCUAACCGUCAGACGCUGGGCGCAUUCGCGAGACGGGCGCUUGUCACUGCCGGUCCCGCGCUUGCGCAACCCCAUCUCCACCAUUUCUCUCGCCGUGGUCUUUCAGUCAAUCAUACUCAAGGUGUGACUUUGGGUGUAAUCGGAGCUUAUGUUGUUAUUAUUGCUCUGCUAUGGAAUCUUCCAUAUAUACGAUGGGUCCUGUGGCCGUUCAAGAUGCUGGUUAUCGCAUUCCAUGAAUUUGGUCAUGCUAUAACAGCCUGCUGUACUGGAGGUCGUGUUGAGUCAAUUUCACUCGAUCCUCAUGAGGGUGGUGUCACGCACAUGCGUGGCGGAAUGCAGGCCAUUACUCUUCCCGCUGGAUAUCUGGGUUCCAGCUUGAUCGGUGCUCUAUUGACAUUUUGCGGGUUUAACAUUGUCGCAAGCAAAGUCGCAAGCAUUGUCCUUGGUGUCUGCUUCCUCUUGACUCUCUGGUGGGCAAGGAAGGAUUGGCUUACCAUCGUGACGAUUCUUCUUGCUGUGGGUCUGCUGGUCGCUUGUUGGUUUAUCAAGCAUGCUGAGCCACUCCGUUUUGUCGUGCUAUUUAUCGGUGUCAUGUCAUCGCUCUACAGCGUGUGGGAUAUUUGUGAUGACCUAAUACUUCGAAAGGUCAACUCAUCCGAUGCAUCAGUCUUUGCAAAGCGUUAUGGCGGUUCAUCGCAGUGCUGGGGUGUCAUCUGGUCGCUCAUCAGUUUGUUUCUGAUGGUUUGUGGUAUUCUGGCCGGUCUAGCUGCUUUCAAGCAGAGCUUCGAGCAGCAAGAGAAGGAUUCUCAGGAUUUCAUUCCUACGAAAAUGAUGAUUAGGUUAUAAGGGACUUCAGCAUUUGGUUCCCAAAGAUCAUGUAGCAGACGAUUCUUUCUUAGUUGAUUGUUUGAUAAGGCGAUGGCAAAAUUGGAGGUUAUACCCUUUGUAUGGUUUAAUGAACAUUUCAGUCGAUACACAAUUUGUG